AAAAGAAGUACCGUUUUGUGUCCCUUCCUGAGCACAGUCGCGUGUCCCUGCCAAAAACUAAAAAGUGAGAUUCUCCGGCGCUGCCCCCCUCCCUCUUGGUGACAUUUACAACAUCAUUACUUCCUUUAAAGGCAAGCAAAGCAAGGGAGAAUCAGAAGAAGAGGGCACUUGGUGAAAGUUGAGAGAGAAGCAAACAAGCAGAGUUUUGUGCUGCCACGAAAACAAGAGUCAUGCCUCUUUCUUACCCUAUUCAAGACUUUGAUUCUCCAUUUGGGCAUUUUGAUUCUGAAUUGUCGGAUUCGGACCUCCGACAUACUGCUUACGAGAUCCUUAUCGGAGCAUGCCGGACAUCUGGAACUAGGCCUUUGACUUAUAUUCCUCAGUCCGACAGGACUAUUUCUCAAUAUAAGGUUUCGGCUGCUGCUGCUGCUGCUCCAUCCCAGCCCCCGUCUUUGCAGAGGUCGCUCACGUCUUCGGCGGCGAGUAAGGUGAAAAAGUCGUUGGGGAUGAGGUCUGGUUCUAAAAGGAGACUUGGUGGUGGGGAAUCGGUGGGGAAUCAAGGGAGAGCGACGGUUGGGGAAUUGGUUAGGGUUCAAAUGAGGGUCACGGAGCAGACUGAUUCAAGAACUAGGCGAGCUAUUUUGAGGAUUGCUGCUGGUCAGCUUGGAAGGCGUGUAGAGUCCAUGGUUCUGCCACUUGAACUAUUGCAGCAGCUCAAGCCUGCAGAUUUUCCUAAUCAGAAAGAAUACGAAGCAUGGAAGAGGAGAAAUUUGAAGCUUCUAGAAGCGGGGCUGCUUUUGCAUCCUCACCUGCCACUGAACAAGGCAGACGCUGCUCCACAGCGCCUCCACCAGAUUAUUCGUGGGGCAUUAGAUAAACCAAUUGAUUCUGGAAAGAACAGUGAAUCGAUGCAAGUUCUCCGCAGUGCUGUUAUGUCUCUUGCUUGUAGAUCAUUUGAUGGGUCUGUUUCUGAAACUUGUCACUGGGCAGAUGGGUUUCCAUUGAAUCUGAGACUCUACCAAUUGCUCUUAGAUGCUUGCUUUGAUGUUAAUGAUGAAUCAAUUGUUAUUGAAGAGCUUGAUGAGGUUUUAGAACUCAUAAAGAAGACUUGGGGAAUCCUUGGAAUGAACCAAAUGUUGCACAAUCUCUGUUUCCUGUGGGUUUUAUUUUACCAUUAUGUUGCGACUGGCCAAGUUGAGGAUGACCUGUUGUUUGCUGCCAAUAAUCUGUUGAUGGAAGUCGAAAAGGAUGCAAAGGCAAGCAAGGAUCCAGAGUAUUCCAAGAUUUUGAGUUCGACAUUGAGUUCAAUAUUGGGUUGGGCAGAGAAAAGGCUUCUUGCUUACCAUGAUAGUUUCCAUAGUGACAAUACUGAAUCAAUGCAAAGCAUUGUUUCUUUGGCAGUUAUAGCAGCAAAAAUACUGGAAGAAGAUAUCUCUCAUGAGAAUCGUAGGAAAAGGAAAGAAGUCAAUGUUGCUCAUGAUAGGAUUGACACUUUCAUCAGAUCAUCAUUGCGCUCUGCUUUUGCUCAGAAAAUGGAGAAAGUUAAGGCUAGCAAACAGUUAUCUAGUCAAAGGAAAAAUCUCCCUCGCCUGUCUAUUCUUGCACAAGAAAUCAGUGAACUGGCUUUUAAUGAGAAGGCAAUUUUUAGUCCCAUACUGAAGAGAUGGCACCCGCUUGCAGCAGGCGUAGCUGUAGCCACACUUCAUUCUUGCUAUUGGAAUGAGCUGAGGAAAUUCAUUUCGAGUAUCAGUGAAUUGACACCUGAUGCUAUUGAGGUGCUGAGGGCUGCUGACAAAUUGGAGAAAGAUAUUGUGCAGAUCGCAGUCGAAGAUGCAGUAGACAGUGAUGAUGGUGGGAAGUCAAUAAUCCAAGAGAUGCCUCCUUAUGAGGCUGAAGCUGUAAUUGCCAACCUUGUGAAGUCAUGGAUAAAGACGAGAGUUGACAGACUGAGUGAGUGGGUUGAUAGAAAUCUACAACAAGAGGUAUGGAAUCCACGGGCAAAUAAAGAGCGGUUUGCUCCUUCUGCUGUUGAAGUUCUACGCAGUGUAGAUGAAACUUUGGAGGCAUUCUUCUUGUUGCCAAUACCUAUGCAUGCAGUCUUGCUUCCUGAUUUGGUCACUGGCCUUGACAGAUGUUUGCAGAAUUACAUAUUGAAGGCAAAAUCCGGCUGUGGGACACGAGAUACUUUCAUUCCUACUAUGCCUGCAUUAACUAGAUGUACAACAGGAUCAAAAUUUCGUGUGUUUAAGAAGGAGAAGUCACAAAUAACCCAGAGGAGGAAAUUUCAGGUUGGGACUGUGAAUGGCGAUAGCUCCCAUGGGAUACCACAGCUAUGUGUACGUAUUAAUACUUUGCAGUAUAUUCGCACACAGUUGGAGGUUUUAGAGAAGAGGACUGUUAUCCAGCUUAGGAAUUCUAAUGCUACCAACGCAAAUCAUUUUGCUGAUGGAACAGGGAAAAAGUUUGAGUUGUCAAGAUCUGCUUUUGUUGAAUGCAUCCAGCUUCUCUGUGAGGCAACAGCAUACAAGGUUGUCUUUCAUGAGCUGAGUCAUGUUCUGUGGGAUGGCCUUUAUGUUGGAGAAGUUUCAUCUUCUAGGAUUGAGCCUUUCCUUCAGGAGCUUGAGCAAUAUUUGGAAAUUAUUUCAUCUACAGUACAUGACAGAGUGAGAACACGUGUCAUCACAGAUGUUAUGAAAGCUUCUUUUGAUGGAUUCCUGAUGGUGUUGCUUGCUGGAGGCCCUGCUCGCGCUUUCACUCUUCAAGAUUCUGAGAUAAUCGAGGAAGAUUUCAAAUUUCUCACAGAUAUGUUCUGGUCCAACGGAGAUGGUUUGCCAACAGAUUUAAUUGAUAAGUAUUCAACCACAGUUAAAGAUGUACUCUCCUUGUUUCAUAUAGAUUCUGUGAGCCUUGUUGAGCAAUUCAGAAGUCUGUCAUUCGACAGUCACGGCUCUUCUGCUAAAUCCAGAUUGCCAAUGCCUCCAACUACAGGUCAAUGGAAUUCUACUGAACCAAACACAGUCUUGCGAGUUUUGUGCUAUCGGAGUGAUGAGACAGCUGCUAAGUUCCUUAAGAAGGCUUACAACCUGCCUAAGAAACUAUAACAGCCUUAGAAUAGUGGGAUGACAAGAUGGUGCAAUUCUUCGGCAAAAAAUCUGCUGCGCGGUGAUUAUUGUAGCUUCAUCGGUAUUUAUGUCAACCAGACACCAAAAGCUCCGACAACAUGGUUCUGACAGGAGCUUUUGUCAGGAGGGGCUGUGCCCACUGCAUUAGAAUAAAAUCCUUGUAUUUAUCGGUUUGAUUCUUUCAUUUUGUACACUUCACCAGUCAGCUACAGAGAACUUCACAGGACUACGGACCUACGCCUUUGCAUGGAGAACUGACAACCUAGCAAUUUAUAAACCUCAAGCAAAGGGUGCAGGCAUAGAAUAACUAGCGGAUUUUUUUUUACUCCACGAUGACAACUAUUGUAUAAUCAGAAACAUUAAUUUCGCCUUC